GGGCAGCUCCGGCGCGGCCCUGCAGGCCCUGCAAGGGGAGCUGUCCGAGGUCAUCCUCACCUUCAGCUCCCUCAACGACUCGCUGCACGAGCUCCAGGCCGCCGUGGAGGGCCAGGGCGCCGACCUGGCCGACCUGGGGGCCACCAAGGACCGCAUCAUCUCUGAGAUCAACAGGCUGCAGCAGGAGGCCACGGAGCAUGCCACGGAGAGCGAGGAGCGCUUCCGAGGCCUGGAGGAGGGACAGGCCCAGGCCAGCCAGUGCCCGGGCCUGGAGGGGCGGCUGGGCCGUCUCGAGGGAGUCUGCGAGCGGCUGGACACGGUGGCUGGGGGGCUCCAGGGCCUGCGCGAGGGUCUCUCCAGGCACGUGGCCGGGCUCUGGGCCGGGCUGCAGGAGGCCAACGUCACCAGCCACACGCAGGCCGCCCUGCUGGAGAAGCUGCUGGGGGGGCAGGCGGGCCUGGGCCGGCGGCUCAUGGCCCUCAACGGCUCACUUCUGCUCCUGGAGGACCGCGUGCAGCAGCUCAGCCUGCAGGACCACAUCGGGCCUGCAGGAGAGGCUGGGCCCCCGGGGCCUCCAGGGGGGCAGGGCCCCCCAGGCCCUGCUGGACCUCCAGGACCUCCAGGCAAGGACGGACAUAAGGGGCCCACUGGACCGCCAGGUCCCCAAGGUGAAAAGGGAGUGGAGGGGGCCCCAGCUGCCCCUGCGCCCCGAGUGGCCUUUUCUGCUGCCCUGAGUCUGCCCCGGUCUGAACCCGGCACAGUCCCCUUCGACAGAGUCCUGCUCAAUGACGGCGGUUACUAUGACCCCAAGACAGGCGUGUUCACCGCGCCCCUGGCCGGGCGCUACCUGCUGAGCGCGGUGCUGACCGGGCACCGGCACGAGAAGGUGGAGGCCGUGCUGUCCCGCUCCAACUUGGGCGUGGCCCGCGCAGACUCGGGCGGCUAUGAACCCGAGGGCCUGGAGAACAAGCCGGUGGCCGAGAGCCAGCCUAGCCCGGGCGCCCUGGGCGUCUUCAGCCUCCUGCUGCCGCUGCAGGCCGGGGACACGGUGUGCGUCGACCUGGUCACCGGGCAGCUGGCGCACUCGGAGGAGCCCCUUACGGUCUUCAGCGGGGCCUUGCUGUACGCGGACCCGGAGCCCGGACACGCGUAGACGGGACGGCCCUGCCCGAGGCGUCCACGACGGCCCGAGAGCCAGGG